AUGUGGACAAAAACUUGCUUAACUUUGAUAUUGCUAUUCGUGGGCUUUUUCAACAAUGUCAGCUCUCAAGAACUUUUUGAAGUUCGUUUGGUUUGUGAAUUUGGAAUGUACCCAAUCAACGAGUUUUUCAACUACGCUUGCAUCGUGAGAAACGUUACAUUCGACUUUAGCAAUCCUUUUUAUUACAUCAUCAUCGAAGGUGAACAUGAAUCAGAAAGAACAAACGCAGAUGUUCUAAAUUUUGUCAUUCAAAGUUCAAAUGUCAACGCCAUUCCUGCAAAUAUCUUUCAAGUGUUCCCAAACAUUGUAGCAAUUGAAGGUGCCAAUGCUGGUGUGUCUGGAAUAAAUCCACCAGACUUUACAUUUGCUACUCAAAUUAGAGGCGUCUUUGCAAAUUCUAAUAUCAUGCCAAGACUUACUGGAUCACCAUUUUUUGUUAGAUCAACAAUCACACAUUUAAAUCUCUAUUCUAAUCAAAUAGAAUUCAUUGCAAACACUUUCUUCUUUGGACUAGUAAAUUUGCGAUAUCUUUCAAUCUCUGGUAACAGCAUUGAAGCUCUAACUCCAGAAAUGAUGGCACCACUUGCAAAUUUAAGGAUUCUCCUUGCUUCAGACAAUCGAUUUGAGACUCUCAGUGGACGAAUAUUUGCAAACAACAGGAACAUUGAAUUUAUUGGAUUGGAAUACAACAACAUAAAUGCCAUUGGACCGAAUGCUUUUGAUAAUCUACCCAACUUGGAAUACCUUGGAUUAAGCCAAAAUGCCUGCGUCGACGAAACAUUUGAGCUAAAUGAUGUGGUCACAAUUGAAACAGUGAAUCAAUCACUCCAACAAUGCUUUAACAAUUCAGUGCCGGAACCUCCAAGGACAAGAGGUCUUCUCUUCGAAGUCCGAGGAAACAUGACAUUCUUUGACGAGUACAAUGAUGAACUUCUUCGUAUUGAAGGUCGCUGGUGA